GUGACUCUACAAAGUAGCGAGCACCCACUUCACAAGCAAGGACUUAUCCGCACCCUACGCCCGCUAAGCGCUUGCGCUACACAUAGUCACCCUUCAAAUGCAAAUUACUGGCUCGUGUGUUCUAUUGGCCCCGGUGCGGACGCGUGCGGUGCCGUUUAGGCGUCGAUGCCGACAACGCCAAGCAGCGACCGGAGCUGUUGCCAACUCCAGCGCGUUGGAGCCUCCAGCAUACCCCUAUAACGACGCGGAUGGAAAGCGUCAGAAGGCAACAAUUGAGCACAUCUUCACGCCCACAGACGACGAGCCCGCGAGCCAACCCGAGCCGUCGACAAGCGGCCGGGCCCCAUGGAUGAUGGGCUGGCAGAUGAACGAGCGCAACGUCUACUUCACCGAUGACUUCAAAGUACGGCUCAUCAAGCGAGUGGCCAGUGAUGAGCUGGGCAUCAGCGAUGAGGAGAUGGAGUCGCGGCUGCAGCAGCUGGGGGCGCUGCUGCCGGGACUGGAGAGCAGGCUGGGCAAGGCGCCCCCCAAGCUGGUCGCCCGCCUGGCAGCCAGCACCGGGCAGGUGGCGGUCCGGCUGCUGGCGCUCAAGGAGCUGUUCCCGCAGGCCAACCUCAGCGCCAUGGUCAACAACCGGCUGGGGCUGCUGCUGGACGACGACACGGCGCAGCUGCAGGCGGCCGCGACACGGCUGAGGCAGCUGCUGCCGGACAUAAACGUGGACAAGUUCGUUGAGACUUUCCCGCUGGUUCUAGACGUGGAGUGCUUUGAGAUGGCGCUGGAGGACGCCAAACGCAUCAUGCCAGGCAUCAAUGUCACGUCCAUGCUGCGCAACAACCCUGACGUCAUCCUGUCUCUGGUCAAGGGCAAGAACCUCAUUCCCUACGACCAGAUCUCCAACCCCUGGGCGUGAGGCGGCGCGGCUGGUGGCGCUCGUGUCAGUGGUGCACGGGUGCGGCAGGCGAAGGGGGGAGGGCGGGGGGUGGCCGGUUGCGCGGCAGGACGACUGAAGGUCGACCAAGCUGCAGCGGCCGCCAUGGCCGCCGGCGGCGGCGGGGCCGGGCUGAGAGCCUGAACGGCGCUAGCAGGGCGUGGGGCUGAGGGUGCACAUGUCGAUUGGCGGCGAGUGACGUGACUAGUUUGUUAGCUGCGGGUUAGCACGGACUGUGCACCCCACCCAACCGGCCACGUCCGGAUUUGCGGGGAUGCCAAAGGCCCCCAACAUAGAGGCGUGUGCUUAGUAGGCGCCCGCGUCAAGGUGGCUGGGUUGAUAACGACCCGGGAGGGGAGGGCUCAGCCCUUUUCCUGCCUCCCUAAGGCAGCCACCUCCUUGUUUGAGUUCCGAGCUGCAGUUCAGGUGGUGCGAAGGCCGCGAAGCACCCCUGUCCGCAUCAAACUUGCAUUGCGCAAACCGCGAGUGUAAUGUAUCAGUAUGUGGUGAAGCCUGCUCGGCGCCAGCGCGCAGUUUGAGACCUUCCGGUGUCUGGUUGGCGGCCUAUGCUGGCGAGCAUAGCGUGGCACGGUGUGUGGUAAAAAUUGUUGCUGUUGGGUUUGAUGCCGUGGUUUGUUGCCUGCUCUGCAUGUGCUUGACAGCGGGACGCGGCUGGGGGGCGGUGCCUACACAAAUCGACCCCCGCUCUGCCCGGGAGACGAAUUAGAUGCUUGCGGCCUCAGACGGGAGACAUGGCGUUUCUUGUCGUGACUUAGAAGGAUGGAUGGAACAGGGGCAGGGGCAGGUUAGCGUAGUCAAAUGCGACGUCAAGGCAUUGCGCGCGCGGUAGUACUGCCGUGGCAUGAAAGGAAUACCGGUAUGUUGCAUGUUGUUGUGUGGCUGGCAGCAUGCUCGGCUGGCGGACGCCUGGCGACUCCAGCUGGAGAGGAGGCGCUGUACAGGGGCAUGAGAUGUGUACACACCAGCCGCCACACAAUCCCCUACCAGCAGCCCUGACCUGUACGGCUGUACGCCGUGCACGGCCACGCGCCCAUGUCAAGUGUCACGGCCCGGGGGGACGAUCACGGUACGGCCAUCACCCAGCAAAGGUGGGGCGGGAAUGAGAUAGGCUCUUUGGGCUGGACUCGAAAGCGCAAGUUGCACAAAUAGGCGCACAAAUUGGAUUCUGAGCUGUGGAGGUGUAACCCUGGGGGAUG